AUUACACAUCAAGAAUCAUAUCCUUUAUUGAAAAUUAAAGAUAAAUCCUCGUUUUUAGAUUUACCAAAAAAUGUUUAUCUUGCAGUUGAAACUCUUACUCCUGAAAUUUCAUCAAAAUAUCAAAAUCAAGAAGCAUUAGAAUAUCAAACUCAAGAAGCAUUGGAAUAUCAAAUUAAAGAAAUAUCAAAAU